AGGAGCUGGGAGUCGGCGCCAGGAGUCCGGUCCGCCCCGCGCCAUGGGUCCCCGCCGCUGCCCGCGCCGCGCAGCCCUGCUCCCGGGGGGCCUCCUGCUCCUCCUGCUGCUCGCACACCCCGCGCUUCCGACCGGACGCCCCCCUCCGGUGGUCCUGGUGCCUGGCGAUUUGGGCAACCAGCUGGAGGCAAAGCUGGACAAGCCGAAGGUCGUGCACUAUCUCUGCUCCAAGAAGACGGACAGCUACUUCACGCUCUGGCUGAACCUCGAACUGCUGCUGCCUGUCAUCAUUGACUGCUGGAUCGACAAUAUCAGGCUGGUCUACAACAGGACGUCCCGGGCCACCCAGUUUCCCGAUGGUGUGGACGUGCAUGUCCCUGGCUUUGGGGAGACCUUCUCCCUGGAGUUCCUGGAUCCCAGCAAAAGCAGUGUGGGUUCCUAUUUCCACACCAUGGUAGAGAGCCUUGUGAGCUGGGGCUACACAAGGGGUGAGGACGUCCGGGGGGCCCCUUAUGACUGGCGCCGAGCCCCAAAUGAGAAUGGGCCCUACUUCCUGGCCCUCCGGGAGAUGAUCGAGGAGAUGCACCAGCUGUAUGGGGGCCCCGUGGUGCUGGUUGCCCACAGCAUGGGCAACAUGUACACGCUCUACUUUCUGCAGCGACAGCCACAGGCCUGGAAGGACAAGUAUAUCCGUGCCUUCGUGGCACUGGGUGCGCCCUGGGGGGGCGUGGCCAAGACCUUUCGCGUCCUGGCCUCAGGGGACAACAACCGGAUCCCAGUCAUCAGUCCCCUGAAGAUCCGGGAGCAGCAGCGGACUGCUGUCUCUACCAGCUGGCUGCUGCCCUACAACUAUACCUGGUCACCUGAGAAGGUCUUUGUACGCACAUCCACGACCAAUUACACGUUGCGCGACUAUCGCCAGUUCUUCCAGGACAUUGGCUUCGAAGACGGCUGGCUCAUGCGGCAGGACACGGAGGGGCUGGUUGAAGCCAUGGUGCCACCUGGCGUGCCACUGCACUGCCUCUAUGGCACGGGUGUCCCCACACCAGAUUCCUUCUACUAUGAGAGUUUCCCAGACCGUGACCCUAAAAUCUACUUUGGUGAUGGCGAUGGCACUGUGAACUUGCAGAGUGCCCUGCAGUGCCAGACCUGGCGCAGCCGCCAGGAACACCAGGUCUCACUGCAGGAGCUGCCAGGCAGCGAGCACAUUGAGAUGCUGGCCAAUGCCACGACCCUGGCCUACCUGAAAUUCCUGCUCCUUGGGCCCUGAUUCUUGUGCCAGGCAGGGCUGUGGGAUGGCUUGGCACAGCUGCUGCUCUUGACCUCCCAGGCUGCCGUGGCCCAUGAGUUUAGCAGUUUGUAACUGACCUUUCAAGGCCAUACGUCUUGGGUUAUGAAACAUCUGCCAUUGGGAAGUGCCGUUUCUUACCCUUUCUCUGGGAGAGAGGAAGGAAGAAAUAGUCUGGACUCACUCAAGGGACUCUUAAUGGAGAGAAUGCUGCUGCUGAUGGAAUCAUCGUGACCUCAGGACCGGCAGCAGGUGGAUUGGCUGCACCUGGAUCCAAUCCCCCAACUCAGGGUCCAUGUGUUCCUUCUACUCCUGUGGCCAUUUCACAUGGCCCACUAGGCCCUGGCCCCUCAGACUUCCUGUGAGGGAUAUCACUGAGCUGUCCCUGCCCCCAGACAUCCCAGCGAUGGGCUCCUUGUCCCUAGGGUGAUCCUUCCCACUGGCUGGCCACAGGUACCGCUGCCGCUGGCCACGGGUAGCUGGAGCUGCUGGCUUCCCUGUGGCCUCGCUGCACAACAGCCCAAUUGUGGCUCUCUGGGGCAGCCCGUUUCCCCCUGCAGGCAGGGGUGGGCUGUGUUUUCUGUGGUUCCCAGGCUGUGGGGCAUUCACUCCUACCUCCCUCACCUCCAAGAAUAGCCUAGCUGAGGAGUGGGCAGCAGCCCCCCCAGUUCUGCGGGCUGUAUCCCAGGAGCUCUGAUCCCCUGGUGGGCUGUCACCGGCCAACAGUAUCGAUGCUGGCUCCCUUCACCCUAGAACUGCUAUUCAGGACUCAGUGCCAUAGCCUUUUAGAUCCUGAUGAAGAAAGAGAACUCAAGAUCGGACCAAGGUGACUCAGAGCUUCCCUAACGUGACUUUUUUUUUUUUUAACCUGACCUCUUGCUAACCCCAUCACCAUAUUGUCACCCUGCCAUAGGGUUUCUCUAGCACCCACGUGGGCCGGCACAGGGCUGAGAGGAGGUUGGGCUCCCGCCCACCCUGCCCAGCACCUACCUCCACCAGGCAGCACAGUGGUGUUUAGUCUGCAGGGACUAGUUCAGGAACUUGAGUGGGCCCCUGUGAGAGCCAGGUGCCUUGGAGCCCUCCUGCGGGGUUCCUGUCUGCCCCCGGAUGCUGCAUGGGUCAAGCAUGUCAAACUCAAAGGCUGACACGGGCCAAAUAAACGAGGCAUGCGGCCCGUGGGCUGAGAGUUUGACAUUCUUGGUAUGGUCUUCCUAUGACAGCAGAGCUGGAGAGUCUGUAUCUGCCUUUCGGCAGUGGUCUCUGAGUGGGCAACAGCUAUAGGCCAAGACUUGGUUCUAGCCUCUAGGGUGAGGGCCCAAAACCACAAUCAGGCUGAACUGUGCUGCCCUCCCACAGGUUUCUUUGGAGCCGGAUUUUCUCUGUUGCGUACAUACCCAGCGUCUGUUUCUCCCUGUGUUCCUGAGGGGUGGGCCCCCUAUCGGGCUCUGAGCAGGCUGUAUCUUGAUUGUGGCAAUAAAAGUAUUCUGGAUGCUGUAA